CGGGAGCGGGCGGCGGGCGGCGGGCAGCUCGGGGCCCCAGGCCCCAGGGUCGGCGCGGGACAGCAGAGGCCGACGGGCGCCGCGCUGGUCGGCCGGCAGACAUGAUGAGCACCAAGGCCUUCACAUUGGUCUCUGCCGUGGAGCGGGAGCUGCUGGUCGGCGACAAGGAGCAGGGCCACAUAGAAUGCGUGGAGUGCUGUGGCAAGAACCUGUAUGUGGGCACCAGUGACUGCAUCGUCUACCACUUCCUGUUGGAGGAGAGGCCGCUGCCCACAGGGACGGCCAUGUUCUCUGCCACCAAGCAGCUGCACCGGCACCUGGGCUUCAGGAAGCCGGUGAGUGAGCUGCGCGCGGCCUCGGCCCUCAACAGGCUGCUGGUGCUCUGUGACAACUCCAUCACCCUGGUCAACAUGAUGAGCCUGGAGCCUGUCCCCUCGGGGGCUCGCAUCAAAGGGGCCAUGGCGUUGGCCUUGAACGAGAACCCCGUGAGCGGAGACCCGUUCUGCGUGGAAGUCUGCAUCAUCUCGGUCAAGCGCAGGACCAUCCAGGUGUUCCUGGUGUACGAGGACCGGGUUCAGAUCGUCAGGGAGGUGUCGACGCCGGAGCAGCCCCUGGCCGUGGCUGUGGAUGGCCACUUUCUGUGCCUGGCCCUGACCACCCAGUACAUCAUCCUGAACUACAACACUGGCGUCGCCCAGGACCUGUUUCCGUACUGCAGCGAUGAGAAGCGGCCCAUCGUCAAGAGGAUCGGGAGACAAGAGUUCCUCCUGGCGGGCCCCGGAGGACUGGGCAUGUUUGCCACAGUCGCUGGCAUAUCUCAGCGAGCGCCCGUGCACUGGUCGGAGAAUGUGAUCGGCGCGGCCAUCUGCUUUCCGUACGUCAUAGCGCUGGAUGACGAGUUCAUCACGGUGCACAGCAUGUUGGAUCAGCAGCAGAAGCAGACACUGCCCUUUAAGGAGGGCCACAUUCUACAGGAUUCUGAAGGAAGAGUGAUUGUUGCCACCAGUAAAGGAGUUUACAUCUUGGUUCCAUUACCCCUGGAAAAGCAAAUACAGGACCUUCUAGCAAGCCGUAGAGUGGAAGAGGCUUUGGUUUUAGCAAAAGGAGCCCGGAGGAACAUUCCAAAAGAAAAAUUUCAGGUAAUGUACAGAAGGAUUCUGCAGCAGGCGGGGUUUAUACAGUUCGCACAACUUCAGUUUCUGGAAGCUAAAGAGCUCUUCAGAAGCGGCCAGCUUGAUGUCCGGGAGCUGAUCUCUCUCUACCCCUUCCUGUUGCCCACCUCCUCCUCAUUCACACGGUCCCACCCUCCUCUCCACGAGUAUGCAGACCUGAACCAGCUGACCCAGGGGGACCAGGAGAAGAUGGCCAAGUGCAAGCGCUUCCUCAUGAGCUACCUGAACGAAGUCCGCAGCACAGAGGUAGCAAAUGGCUACAAAGAGGACAUUGACACGGCCUUGCUUAAGCUGUAUGCGGAGGCAGACCACGACAGUCUGCUGGACCUCUUGGUCACCGAGAACUCCUGUCUUCUGACAGACAGCGCCGCCUGGCUCGAGAAGCACAAGAAGUACUUUGCACUUGGACUGCUAUAUCAUUAUAAUCACCAAGAUGCUGCUGCAGUGCAGUUGUGGGUGAACAUUGUGAAUGGGGACAUUCACGACUCCACUCGCUCAGACCUGUACGAAUAUGUCGUUGAUUUCCUUACCUACAGCUUAGACCAGGAACUCGUGUGGAAGUACGCUGAUUGGGUCCUGCAGAAAAGUGAGGAGGUUGGAGUCCAAGUUUUCACCAGGAGACCUUUGGAUGAAAAGCAGAACAGUUUUAAUCCAGAUAAUAUUAUCACUUGCCUUAAGAAGUACCCUAAAGCCCUUGUUAAGUAUCUGGAACAUCUGGUCAUGGACAGGAGACUGCAGAAGGAAGAGUACCACACGCGCCUGGCGCUCCUCUACCUGGACGAGGUGCUGCAGCAGAGGCCCAGCGCCGGUGGCCCGGGCGCGGAAGCCACGGAGACGCAGGCCAAGUUGCGGCGCCUGCUCCAGAAGUCAGACUUGUACCGAGUCCACUUUCUGCUAGACAGAGUCCGGGGCGCCGGCCUCCCCAUGGAGAGCGCCAUCCUGCACGGGAAGCUGGAGGAGCACGAGGAGGCCCUGCGCAUCCUGGUGCACGAGCUGCGGGACUUCUCGGCGGCUGAGGACUACUGCCUGUGGCGCUCCGAGGGCAGAGACCCGCCGUACCGGCAGCGGCUCUUCCACACGCUGCUGGCCAUGUACCUCCAGCCCGGGCCCAUGGUGCCCGAGCUGACUGUGGCCGCCACGGACCUCCUGAACCACCACGCGGCCGAAUUCGAUGCUGCGCGGGUCCUGCAGCUGCUGCCGGACACCUGGUCAGUGCAGCUCCUGCGCCCGUUCCUGACCGGGGCCGUCAGGGACAGCGUGCAUGCCCGGAGGACCACUCAGGUGGCCCUCGGCCUGGCCAAGUCCGAAAACCUGAUCUAUAAGUACGACAAGAUGAAGCUAAAAGGAAGCUCAGUUCGGCUUUCGGACAAAAAGGUCUGCCAAAUGUGCCAAAAUCCCUUUUGUGAGCCCGUGUUUGUUAGGUAUCCAAAUGGUGGUCUCGUCCACACCCACUGUGCUGCCAGCACACACACGAACGCCAGCCCCCCUGGCCCUGGCGCACGGACUUGAAGAGGCCCAUGUGGGGGUGUGAGGAGGACCCUGAGUUCUCUACCAAGCAUGCUGGGUACAGAGCGCAGCCACCUCUGCCCUCAUGUCAGCCACGAUGGAGGGGUGACAUCUGGGCGCCAGGGAGACUUCGGUCAGUGUGAACCAGGGGCCUUUGACUGCUGACCACUCUACACUGAAUGUAAAUGGAAAAUCCCGAAAAUACACAUGUGAGGGUUCACCCGUCCCGGUACUUUAUAAUCCAAAACAAAUGCCUACUUUGCGAGGAAAGCGAGCCUUCCCUUGGCCAUCCGGACAUCCUGGGCUCCCCCGCCCCAACACCCUAGGCUUCAGAUGUGCGUUUGCACUGGAAACGUGCUUCACGGUGGCACAGCGGCGAACAGCUCACUCGGCAGCACAGUCGUGGGCAGGGGUUUGCCAGGUGGGGGGAGGGGGGACUGUCUGUUUCCAGGAUUACCUCGUGGGCUCUGCCUUUGCCCUUCGCUGACCUUGGGGAAAUUUUUUGUUCUUUCCUACUUCCCGUAUGGCUCUCAACCCCUAAAGGAUUCUGCCUUGUUUACCUGAGCGCCCUGUUUCAGGGAAAUGUGUACGCUUCCGGCUGCCUCGCCAGCGAGGCCCUGUUGGAAAGUGGUGAGGCCCCAAGAGAAAAGCCGCGCACCCCAUGUGUAAGAGGACCGCAGACAGGUGACCUGUGGCAGGUGAGGGCCCACGUGUCAGGCCCUGUACUGUCACACCUGCCAAUUUGACAUAUUUGACAAAACAUUUUUAUUUGAAGUUCUGUCAUCCCUGCAGUUUUUCUCUUGUUUCAAAAUUCAUCCGUCAUACUUGUUAGGGACUUUUUUUUUUCUUGUUAAAAUGUACCUCCUACUGAACACUCGGGAAGUUAAAAGGGAAACGUUCUGAGCACAAGCUGAGCAGAAUCUCAGGAGAGGCCGGUUUUACCCUCACGCCCUCUGCAGGACGGGCAGCGGUGACAGUGGCCUUUGCCCGUGACCGAGAUGUCAUCUUUCCUGCUGGGCGCUUCCACCCCGAUGAGGAAGUCCAGUCAGGCUGCCUUACCUCCCAGCACUUUACAUGCCUGCUCUGAGGUUUCCUGAACUCACAGGAGGCGUUGCUCUUGUUCACAGACUCAUUCAUCUCGUGUCUCUGCCAUCGCAGAGAAGGCCGAAGCUGUCCUUCCUUCACUGCCCUGUUUUGAAUUUCAUCUUUGGGAUGAAUGAUUCUAUUAAGAACUAACACUAGACACUGUACCCUCUGCUGUCAUGCCUGGAAAACAAGCAUUAGCUUGUGUGUGUCACAGGAGAGGGCCCUGGAAUACAACCUCUCUCGUCAGCCCGAGCCUUCCAGAGUGGGGGUGAAGAGCUCACUGUCCGUGGUCUAAACAAGGUACUAAUAAUGGUCAGUAUUCUUUGUCCUUCUGGGAUUCUGAGUGGCCCAAGAAAGCAGAGGCAAAGCUGCCUUCUUCCCUGUGUCUCGACCUAGAGAAUAAAAGAAGAAAUUCUUGUAACUCGACCACAUACUACAUACAUGGGGAGGAAGCCCAAGCCCGGUCAUGACUUUACAGCCUGUGGAUGACUGUUACGGAAUGGUCAUAUUACGGUGCAUGUUAUGGUUACACCUCGUGAGCUUGUGUUUAUUCUUCAGAGAACAAGCCCCUGGCAUGUGCGGUGUCACGCUUCCAAAAGCAGUGUUUCACUGGACACAAAAUGGGUAAAAUCUCGAGAGCACCUUGCAGUUGCUCAUUCCUAACUCGGGGGACAUGAGUCUCUACUCUGUCUAAACCUCGGUCAGUUUUCUGAAACAUUUCCCAUCCUUUAGAAUGACGGGGAUUAAAGCUGAGUGGUCUCCUGUGUUCAGAACUGUACCUCACUCUCAUCCUUCUCCGACGCCCUCAGGCCCUUUUUGCAAAUAAGAUUUUUAAACGAAACACAUAGCUCUCUCUAAAGGCCUGCCGUUUUGUGACUGUGCCAUUGAAUAGAACAAUUAGAACAUUGCUCAGCCCUUUUCUCCCCUCCUUAGGUUCUGUGUAACCGUUAUAGUUAAAACAGCAUGAACCGAACCCAGUUGGCAUUAAUAUUCGAGGGGCAGUGCUGUUGGGUUUUAUGACCAGUUUCUCUGACCUUGCCCCGCAGGUAUUAAUGUGGGCGUGGCCUGUAGGAUGUGGGUGGAGCAUUGGGCCUGAGCUCAGAGCAGGAAGCCUCCUGCCCAUGAACUUGCUGAAUGCGCUUGCUUAUGUCAGAAGUGCACAGCAGCUCAGGAGGCCAGGGGGUUGCACCAUCAAACCCGUGCCCGUCGCACACAACGAGGGUAGCCCUUGCUUUUCGCUCGCUCUCCUACGGAAAUCUGUCCUUGCAACUUUAUCCUUCACCCCUGAUCGGGUCCCAAAUACACAAGAUGUACAAAUGUAAACUUGUUGAUUUUAUUAAAAUUCUUUUAAUUCUUUGUUC